AUGGUGCUGAUCAAAGAGUUGUGAGUACUGGGAGGGGUGGGGGGGCGCCAGCGUGGGUGGUGCAGGGCAUGGGAAGGGUUAACCAGGCAGUGGGGAGGGGGCUUUCCUAAAAAUGGGUGGGCGAUAGACAAGGGACGCGUCUACAUAUGGCUGCCCCUUUCUACGGCUCUUCCUUCUGUAUUUUGCUGGGGGUUUUUAGAGCGCCUAAUAAUGUGCGCUGGGUGAGAUCUGAUAUUUUGGAUGAAUGGGGCCUUUUGUUUCUGCAGUGUAACGGGCGGCGCUUUCUCAUAUUCCUCUGAAAAGCAGAAGUGGGGGGUCGCCUUGGCCCAUUCGGCUUACCCUGCCAGGAGGUUUCUCGCACACCCAGUCCUCGAAUCCAUCUGGGGUCCCUGACCCGGCAUGUUUUCCCGACAGGAGGCGGCCUGGCUGCCUCCACACUUGGCUUGCUUUAUAGUUUAUACCGUUAUUCUCCAUUUCGAUGUAUUUUUUUUUCCUCUUCCCCACCCUCCACCCAUGUUUUUUCACCAAAGCUCAAUGGAAUAAUCAGUGUGGGAGGAGAACAAAUAAGAAGUGCCAUCCUCAGAUCCCUGAAUCCGUCAUAAUUUUUGUGCUCUGCUCGGCUCACUUUCUUUAAACUAAGGCCUGUUGAUUUCCAGGAACUUAUUUCGGAGGAAACCCGAAAUGUUUGCAGUUUCAGAGUGUUACCGCAAAUCACGCUGGGCACUGUUUCAGGGGAAGUUGGCAGCAGCAGAUUUAUCUUUGUUAAAGCUGGCUGAGGCACGCGCUGGAGGAGAAUUGUAGGAGAAAAGACCUUGGGGGUGGGGAGAUGACAGUCCAACUUAUUUCAUCUGGCACAUACAAAAACAUUGCCUCAAGGGAUUCAGCACACUUCCAGGGAGAAAGCCCUUUUUAAUUCAGUAAGGCAUACUUCUGUAUAGGCCUGUUUAGGAUUGCACUGUGAGUUUACAAAGGUUCUCCGUGCAUAUUAGUGUGCUCUUCCUCAGGGCAAAGGAGACAAUCUGCUUUGUGUUUCGAUUUCAGCGAAACUUCUGCAACACCUUUAAAGCACAUCUCCCCCGCCUCCCUGGGAUUCUGGGCACUGUAGUUUACCACUCAGAGUUGCAAUUCCCAACAGCACUCAAUGGACUACAGUUCCCAUAGUUUUUUGAAGGGAACAUGUGCUUCUAAUGGUACUUUAAAGGUAUACCAUGUACACGGCCUUCAAAUUUUGAGAUACCAGGGUCCUGCAUAUGUAGGUUAUUGCAAUGUGCUAUAUAUGUGCUCACCUUAGCAGACUGUUUGGAAAUUGCAGCGAGUGUUCAGUGCGGCUGCCAAACUGAUAAUAGGCACCAGAAAACAAGUAUCUAUUACUCUUAUUUGCCCCAGCUUCAGUGGCUCCCAAUGGGUUCAUGAGACCAAUUCAAAGUUCUGAUUUUAGCCUAGAAAGCUUCUCACAGUUCAGGACCCCAAUACCUAACCGAACGCCUCUGCCAACACAUGCCUACACAGGCCCUGUGGUUGUCAUCAGAGGCUUUCCUCUUCUUCCAGGAAAGGUUCUGUGACUGGCAACAAGGGAAAGGACAUUUUGGCUUCUUUCUCCUUCCACCCCAUCUAUGGAUUGGUCUCCCCGGUGAGGCCCACCUGGUGUCAAGUUUAAUACCUUUUUGGCACCGGGUAAGGUUUUCCUCUGCUUCCAGGCCUCUGGUGGUAUUUGAUAGACUUGCUUAUUAAUUCAGGGUUACUGUUUUAAAGCUGCAUUUGACGUUGUGGCUUGUUCUUUGGUGUUUGAAUUUUUGUACACUUUGAUAUAUCAUAUUGUAAGUUGUUUUAAGACUAGUUUUAGUGGCAGUUUUCUAGAAACUAAUAAUGAUGAUGAUAGUUCAGAUGCGACAGUAGUGCUAUUUAUAAAUGGUCUUGGUUGAAUGGUCUGUUAAAUACAUUCCAGGGUGAAUAAAGUGUGUAUGUGCUUUUUAUCUGGUGCAUGUGGCAGUGGAGUGUGAGGGCUUGGGCACUGGAGGAUUCCCUCUCUAAUUCUUGUUUCUCUUUCCUCUCCCUCCCUCCCCCCCAUGCUGCUUUUAUCUCCAUCCUCCAAAACCAGCCGGGUUGUGCUGCCUUGCUCCGUAGAGGAGGUAAGUUCCAUUUACAUGCAGUGGUAUUAGGAAGUGUGCAACUUUGCUGACCCCCUAGUUAAUCAAUGGGAGGGGGGAGAAUAAUGAGUUGGCAUAAAUCAGCAGAAAGUUUGGAGUGCUUUUCUUCCUGUUUUUCAGAGGUGGGGCCAGAACCAAAAACCAAAAGGGCAUUGCCCCUUUCUCUCUUUCUGGCUCCCUGUUCUCUCCCUCUCCACCCAGCAGUAAUUGGGGCAGGCAGGUCUUGCCAAGUGACUCCUAUGGCCUUCUUCGUCCCCAAGACCUGUGCCCUAUUUGAAGGCCAAUGGGUCAGGAUUAUUUCCCCUUCCCUCUUUCCCAGUGCUUGGAAUGAGCUUAAAAGACUUCAUCAAAUUAGUUCAAAAGUCUCUAAACUACAUCUGAGAGUAGUUCCCAUAAUUGCCAAGUGAUCAAAACUUGAAUUAAAUUUGUUUCGGCUUAGAACUUUGAACGAUUUCUAGUUUUAUCUUCAAGUUCAUUCUCUCAUCUGUGCUUUUCACUCUAUAGACUCUCGUCUUAAGUUUAUUUUAUACUUUUAUUUUAUACUUCAGCACAGGAGCAUUUUGAAUACUGAAAAAAAUUCUUGAGGAUCAUUUGGAUCAACUUGGAACUGUGACCUGAAGGCAACUACUUUGUUUUGUAAAGGGACAAAUUUGAACUGGGACAAGUUCCUUUUGGGACAUGUCAAACUUGAAUCACCUGUUUAAAAUGCCCAUUUCCAACCUCUGCUCUUUCCCUCUUCAGUAUCAGGUGGGGCAGUUAUUCUCUGUUGCGGAAGCCAGCAAGAACAACACUGGCGGCGGCGAAGGGAUUGAGGUGCUAAAAAAUGAACCUUACGAGCGUGAAGGGGAACGGGGGCAGUUCACCCACAAGAUCUACCACCUCCAGAGGUAAGGUCUUUCCUGGGCACGGGCAUCCAAAGGCAUGGGCUUCCUCUGAUGCCCUGUUUUUCUCUCUCUUGCAGCAAAGUUCCUGGAUUCAUUAAGAUGUUCGCCCCUGAGGGGUCCCUAGUUGUUCACGAGAGAGCCUGGAAUGCCUAUCCCUAUUGUCGAACGGGUGAGCCAGGGAGAGGGAUGAGAGAAGGGGCUACGUCUGUAACUGGGACUCCCUAGGUCAGGGUUUCCCAAACUUGGGUCUCCAGCUAUUUUUGGACUACAACUAAUGGUCAUACUAGCUUGGGGUGAUGGGAGUUGUAGUCCAAAAACAGCUGGAGACCCAUGUUUGCAAAACCCUGUCCUACCUAGAUGCUUUGGUAGGGGGACAAAUUUGUCUGGAGUGUUCUCAUGUUUUUUCAAACUCUCUAUCUUGAACGAUCCUUUUGAACAAUGGCUGAGUGGCAAAAAUCCAGGGGUUGUUUGGCAGAGAUUCUGGAAGUGCUGUACACCCCAUUCAUCACUGCUCUUCUUAAGCUGAGAAUAUAACCUAGAAAUGCACCCAGCAGACUCCUGCAACAAGCAGCCUAUUGGGAAACCCUUUUCUUACAUUACUGCUCUUCUCAUUGACACAGGCCAGAGGAACCUCAAGUUUCCACAGAACAGAGUUUGAAUAAACAUUCAUUUUGAGCAAGUGCUGGGAAAGUUUUCAUAGGCCAAGGGCCACAUUCUCAUUUGGGCAACUUUCUUUGGACAGUGUUGGGUGUGUCCUGAGGCAAAAGUGGGAGAACCAACAAAUGCAAAUUAUACAUUUGUACAGUUGGUUUCUACACAAACUCGCAAGCCCCGUCCAGUCCAGCAGGAAACAUUAUCAGAGUUCAGGGACAGUCAAAACUGGUGUGGGAAACCUUUGGCCCUCUAGAUUUUGCUAAACUACAAUUCCCAUCAUCCCUGGUUUUGGCCCUGUUUGCUGGGGCUGAUGGGAGUUACAGUUCAGCAACAACUGGAGGAUCAUAGCUUCUCCACACUUAGUCUAACCUGCUGGAUAUAUUGGGCUAAAACUGUCCUGUGUGAUUUGGGUUACACAAAUGGCACCUGUGGCUGGAGAAGACUUACAUCAAACUGAUUAGGGAAGGUUUUUCGUUUCAUUAUCCUGCACUAACAUGUUCUGUCUUUCUCUUCUUUCUUGUGGUCCCGUCUGCUGCAGUUAUUACGGUAAGUGACUUGGGGAAGGGACAUCUGUGGGUGGGCAGGCAGCGCUUCUCAGUGAACCCCAACUUCCUCAGAUUCUCUGGGUACAUCUGUGUCCUUGCCUAUCUCCAGUAAGCUAUGGCACACCUCCUACCCCAUGAAGUCCACUUCUCAUGAGUCACACACCCACAUCCCAGAAUGUCACAGAGCAUUCUGGGUAAUAUGUCUGCUCAAGUCAUGUGUGGCUUUAGGUCUGCGUGUGCUCUUGUUACCACAAAGUAUUCUGGGUAACCAUUCUUCUCUCCUCCCCACCCUUUCCUUUUUGGACAGAAUGA